GCAGACCCGAGCAGACAGACAUAUACUGUCAUAUACUGUAUAUGCCAAGAGAAGAAGAUGGGGUGGCACAGGCCGGGUGGAUUUAAUCAAGAUGGUUUGAGACUUUAAUAUAAACCUGAUAUUAGUCCUUAAAAAGAAUAUUGCGGACCCCAGAUCUUGUUGAACUUUAAAAGACUUCAGGAAAGCUUCGGCGUCUGGACUCUUACGGACUCUUUUGCUGGUGUUUCCUCAAAGAAAAAAUCCUUCUGGGAUUGGGCUUCAUGUGGGAAUCCUUAAAAUCCUGAGCCAGUUUGGGGUGUUCAGGCAUGGGCUGCACAGCCAGUGUUUUUCUACUGCAGGCUUUGCGCUCCAUACUGAGAAGAAACAAUUCACGAAUCUGUUCUCGCCAGCAAGAACAACUUUCCAUCACAUACACACUUGAAGAGGGGACGGUCAACAGUGAAGCCCAAACCAUUGUCAUCAUGAAAAAGCCAUGUGAACUUCAGCCACAGAAUAUCAGUGAAUUGCAACAGAUUGUUUGAUUUGAAGACUACGGUCCCUGGACUUGCCAUGAUGAUCAGUUUGACAGCUUUCUUUACUCUGAACUGUGACUUUUGAACAGUGAUCAGGGAACAGUAGGAGUCUGACAUCUAAAACUAGCUGCCAACAUACCAACUCGAAACAACUUGGCAAUGCAGGAGAAGCCCAAACUGAUUGACCCUCUGGACUAUGAGGCUGUGAUCUCAGAGCUUGAACCCGAGCUGAGGGAAGACCCCCUUCAAGACCUGUUGCUAUUUCCAGAACAUGACUUAACUGUGUCUACUCUUUCAGUGGAGAGGAGAACGGUUAAGUCCACUGUGCCAGAGGGAGCUGAUGAACAUGCUGAAUGUUUGCUUGUCAGACAGGCCUGUCAAUACUUCAACUCCCAUCUGCAUGUGGUCCAGUAUAAAUAUGAAGAGUACGCAGGUGACUACCGCAUGCUUCCCAGGAAGCUGUGUAAAGCUGAGAAAUUGCCUUCCCACUCAUUUGAGAUUGAUCAUGAAGAUAUGGACAAGGAUGAGGAUACCACUUCUUUGUCAUCGUCUAAAGGAGGAGGAGGAGGUGGAGGUAGUGGUGGUGGAGGGGGAAUUGGUGUCUUUAAGUCCGGCUGGCUGUAUAAAGGAAACUUUAACAGCACUGUUAACAACAGUAUCACUGUUCGGUCCUUUAAGAGGAGAUAUUUUCAGUUGACACAGCUAACUGACAACUCUUAUAUCAUGAACUUCUACAAAGAUGAGAAAAUCUCAAAGGAACCCAAAGGCUGCAUUUUUCUGGACUCAUGCACAGGGGUAGUUCAGAAUAGCCGUCUAAGGAAACAUGCCUUUGAGUUGAAAAUGAAUGAGGUGACGUAUUUUGUCCUGGCUGCUGAGAAUGAGCAGGACAUGGAUGACUGGAUCAACACUCUAACACGCAUCCUCCAGAUUAGCCCUCCAGAGGGCCCAGUACUGGACCGCAAGAGUAUGGACUUGAGCGACAGUAAACAUGAUAUCAUUGAUUUGUCUUCGAAUCAUGUUCCUGUCCCUGAAAAUGAGGAAGCAACUGAAAAUGGAAUCCACCCUGACCUAGCAAGGUAUAUUUCUGAAACUGAAGAGGGGGCGAGAGCUGCCAGAAGAGAAGGAAGACUUAACCUGUUCUCCCUGGACCCUGAUAUUCCUGUUUUGAGGAGUUUGAGAAUGGAGUUUGGCGAAUCUGCUUUUGUCCGGCCAUUUGAGGAGAAGCUGGGGAGGAGACUGAUGAUCUGCUGUCGCUCACUGAACCUUACACUGCAGGGCUGUGUGAACGAGACUGACACUGAGCCUGUCACUAAUAUUGAGCCUUUUUUUGUGUCAGUCGCUCUGCUGGACAUUCGUGAGGGCAGGAAGGUUUCCGCUGACUUUCAUUUGGAUUUAAACCACGAGGUCGUGCGGCAGAUGCUUAACAGCUCGGGUAAUCCCAGAGGUCAAGGGAUGGCUGGAGGUAAUGGUGUUCCACAGGAGAAUGGACUCAGCUCUCCGGCAGAGAAGAAAACAGAUGACUGUCAACUGAGCACAGAACUGGAGAACUGGCUACGCUUCCCUAAACAGGCAAUUUUUUCUAUUACAAACCCUCACACAGACAUUGUGAUGGUGGCACGAGUGGAGAAGGUUCUGAUGGGAAAUAUCACGAGUGGUGCAGAACCCUACAUAAAAAACACUGAUUCCAGCAAGACUGUCCAAAAGAUGUUGAAAUCCAAUAAGCAGUUCUGUAGCAAACUUGGAAAGUAUCGAAUGCCUUUUGCCUGGUCUGUAAGGUCAGUAUUUAAGGAUAAUCUGGGUACAGUGGACAGGGAAUCGCGGUUCUCUCCUCUGUUCAAACAGGAGAGCAACAAGAUCUCCACUGAAGACCUGAUCAAACUCAUCACAGAGUACAGGAGGGCUGAGAAGACCAGUAAACUCCAGACCAUCCCAGGAAACCUUGAAAUAAAUGUGGACUGUGUUCCCAUGGAGUGCCCAAAUUGUGUAACGUCCUCAUAUGUUCCUCUGAAGCCGUUUGAGGACUGCAGUCUACAUGCUCCUACGGUAGAGGUGGAGGAGUUCCUGCAGGAUUCAGCUAAGUUUGCCCAGCCUUACAGAGUCUACAAGAAUCACAUCUAUGUGUACCCCAAACACCUCAAGUAUGACAGCCAGAAAAGCUUUGCAAAGGCUCGAAACAUUGCAGUUUAUGUUGAGUUCCGAAGCUCUGACGAAGAGCAUGCCAGGCCAUUGAAGCGCAUCUAUGGAAAGCCAGGAGAUCCAGUUUUUACUUCGGCUGCCUGUUCCACUGUUCUGCACCAUUCACAGAAUCCAGAUUUUUAUGAUGAGGUGAAAAUCGAGCUGCCAACACAUUUGCAUGAGAAACACCAUCUGCUCUUCUCCUUUUAUCAUGUGACCUGUGACAUCAAUGCCAAGACUAGCUCUAAGAAGAAAGAGGCUCUUGAAACACCAGUGGGCUAUGCCUGGUUGCCUCUUCUCAAGGAUGGACGUCUUUCCUCUCAGGAAUUCAAUAUUCCAGUCUCCUGCACUUUGCCUGGUGGAUAUCUGCUCACUAAAGAACCUUCAUCCACCAAAAAUGGCUCAGAUGUGAAAUGGGUGGAUGGGGGAAAGACAAUCUUCAAAGUGUCUACCUCGGUGCUUUCUACAGUUUAUACUCAGGAUCCCCAUCUGAGCUGCUUCUUCCAGCAGUGCCAAAAGCGAGAAGCAGACCUCUCUCAACCUCCUACCUCAGACUUCCUUAACUGCCUUAAAGGUCUCCUUAAUAUGGAGAAAAUUCAUGUCAUCAUUAGAUUCCUUCCUGUGAUCUUCAACCAGCUCUUCAAAGUGCUAACACAAAACGACACUGAUGAAGUGACUACCAGCACCACCAGGGUCCUGAUCCAUAUCUUAGCUAAAUGUCAUGAGGCGAACCUGAACCACUAUGUGCACUCCUACAUAAAGUUUGUGUUUAAAACUGAAGCAUGCGGCUUCAGAACUGUUCACGAGGAGCUGGCCAAGGGAAUGACCUCUGACCUGAAGAGUAACGAACAGUCGGUCAUCAAGAACAUACUUAAGUUCUCUUGGUUCUUCCUGGAGAUCAUGGUGAAGUCUAUGGCUCAGCACCUAAUGGACUCAGCAAAGCUUAUGCUCCCUCGGCCACAGUGGUUUCCUGGAACCUUCCAAAGUCGACUGGAGACUCUGAUCAUGACAAUGUCUGAUCACAUCUUCUGGAAGAAUAAAGAUCUGGCCGAGGAAACACGCAGCGCCAAUAUGGCCAUAGCAGCCUUUGUGAAGCGAUGCUUUACACUCAUGGACAGAGGUUUCACCUUCAAACUGAUCAGCAACUACAUUAACAUGAUCACAGCUAGUGACAAUAAGAUGCUGUGUGAGCUGAAGUUUGAAUUCAUAAGGGAAGUGUGUAACUAUGAGCACUACAUCCCGCUUAGUCUGCCCAUCCCCUCUGCACGAAUCACAGAUAAAGCAUCACUGGAAACCAGAAGUGCUCAUGUGGACAUUCCUGAGUACAGUCUGACAGAAGAGUUCUGCAGGAAACAUUUUCUCACAGGGUUGUUGUUGAGAGAGCUGGGACUUGCUCUGCAAGACGAACAGGACCUGAGACAUUUUGCCCUGGCCUGCUUGAAGAAUCUCAUGGCCAAACACUCACUAGACUCCCGCUAUGCCGUAAAGGAGAAACAGGCACGGAUAGCCUCUCUGUACCUUCCUCUGUAUGGACUGAUACUCGACAACAUGCCUCGCUUUUUCCUCAGAGAUAUCUUUCCAAUCUGCCUGACUGCUAGUGAUCAGGGUUCCAGAGAGGAUGUAAGUGUCGGAGGAGUAUUAGCAAGUCAGAUGGCCCACGCCUUGCGCCACGGCAACUCAAUGGAUGCAUCCUUCUCCAAGGAGGUUCUCAACUCCAUUACAGCUUUUUCCUCAUUGGCUGUAUCAACUGCCAACAAUACAGACUCCAGAGGUUCCCUCAUCAGUAUUGAGUCGAACCCCAGCAAUAGUGACCGGAACAGUGAGAAGAUGGAUGGAUGUGAAAAGUUUGCCAGGCCUCAGUCUCUCAUUGGUUUUGGCUCUCGCUUUGACAAACUGGACCAGGCAGAGACCAGAAGUCUGCUCAUCUGUUUCCUGCACAUUAUGAAGACCAUUUCAGAGGAGGUGAUGGUUUCAUACUGGCAACGAGCGAUUCACCAGGAGAUUAGUGAUUUCUUCAACAUCCUGGAAUUAUGUCUCCAACACUUCAGAUUCCUUGGAAAGCGUCACAUUGCCAGGAAGUUAGCAGCUGCAGUUAAGCUGGCUCAGGCCACGCAGAACAAUGGUACCCUGAAGGGGUCUAACACAUCCUCGCAGUCUUCAGGGCUACUUCCCCAAUGGAUGGUCUCUGCUCAGGAUGGGCACAGGCAUGCCCGCUCGCAGACCAUGCCCAUCAUCAGGGGUAAAAACGCCCUCACCAACCCCAAACUAUUGCACAUGAUGGAGACAGACGGAAAUGUUCCUGAGGGAGAAAAUUUGAGCCCUACAGACAUUGAGGCAAAUCUCUCUACUGAAGUUGCCCUCACUGUGUUGGAUAUUCUGGGUCUGUUUGUUCAACAUCACAAGAAACAGUUGCAGCACGAUGAAGGGCAAAACUCUCUGAUGAAGAAAGUGUUUGACACAUACCUGCUGUUUUUCCAGAUCAAUCAGUCCACUAGCACCCUCAGACAUGUGUUCACAGCUCUGCGCCUCUUCAUCCAGAAGUUCCCAUCUGCGUUUUUCCAGGGUAAAGCAGAUCUGUGUGGCAGUCUGUGUUGUGAGAUUCUGAAGUGUUGUAAUCAUCGCUCAAGCUCCACACAGACUGAAGCCGCUGCGCUGCUCUACUUCCUCAUGAGGAGGAACUUUGAGUUUACAAAGGGCAAGUCCAUCGUCCGCUCACACCUGCAGGUUAUUAAAGCUGUAAGUCAGCUGAUCGCAGAUGCAGGUAUCGGUGGCUCACGCUUCCAGCAAUCUCUUGCCAUUAUCAACAACUUUGCCAAUGGAGAUGCACCACUUAAAAACACAACAUUCCCCACUGAGGUGAAGGACCUGACCAAGAGGAUUCGCACUGUGCUUAUGGCCACAUCUCAAAUGAAAGAACAUGAAAAAGACCCAGAGAUGUUGGUGGACCUGCAGUACAGCCUCGCCAACUCCUACGCCAGCACACCUGAGCUUAGACGCACCUGGCUGGAGAGCAUGGCCAAGAUCCACGUUAGGAAUGGAGACUUAUCUGAGGCCGCCAUGUGCUAUAGCCACAUCUCAGCCCUUAUAGCAGAGUCAUUGAAGAGGAGAGGUUACUGGAAGCCUGAGAAGGGUCGGAUCUCAAGUGUGAGCAAAGACGAAGCCUGUGUAAUUAACUGUAGCCCCUUACUAACUCCCCAAGAUGGAGAAACAUCAUUCAGUAUGGGAUGGGCUGCCUUCAUGAACAUCUCUCCUAAUGUUAAAGAAGAGGGAGCGAUGAAAGAAGACGCUGGUACUCAAGACACUCCUUACACUGAGGACACACUGGUGGAACAGUUGGAGAUGUGUGUGGAUUAUCUGUGGAAGUCUGAGAGAUACGAGCUCAUUGCAGACAUCAACAAACCUGUCAUAGCAGUCUUUGAGAAGAGACGAGAUUUCAAGCGGCUAUCCGAACUGUAUUACGACAUUCACCGCUCAUACCUGAAGGUGACGGAGGUUGUGAACUCUGAGAAACGUCUGUUUGGUCGAUACUAUCGUGUGGCUUUCUAUGGACAGGGGUUCUUUGAGGAAGAGGAGAGUAAGGAGUUCAUCUAUAAGGAGCCAAAGCUCACAGGACUGUCUGAGAUCUCUCAGCGGCUCCUUAAACUCUACUCUGACAAGUUUGGAGCUGAUAACGUCAAGAUGAUCCAAGACUCCAAUAAGGUGAACCCUAAAGACCUAGACCCCAGAUUUGCCUACAUCCAGGUGACUUAUGUAGUGCCUUAUUUUGAUGAGAAGGAACAGCUGGAGAAGAAGACUGACUUUGAGCGGCAUCACAACAUCAACCGCUUUGUCUUUGAGACACCUUUCACUCUGUCUGGAAAGAAACACGGAGACGUGGAGGAGCAAUGCAAAAGAAGAACCAUCCUGACCACGAGCUCUAGUUUCCCAUUCCUGAAGAAGCGUAUCGAGGUGGUGGAACAGCAGAGUACAGAGAUGAACCCUAUCGAGGUGGCCAUAGAUGAAAUGAGCCGGAAAGUGUCUGAACUCAAUCAGCUGUGUAACAUGGAUGAGGUGGACAUGAUCCGCCUCCAACUCAAACUACAAGGCAGCGUCAGUGUGAAGGUGAAUGCAGGGCCCAUGGCCUACGCCAGAGCAUUCCUUGAGGAGAAAAAUGCCAAAAAAUACCCUGACAACCAAGUGAAACUCCUGAAAGAGAUUUUCAGGCAGUUUGCAGAAGCAUGUGGUCAGGCUCUGAAUGUAAAUGAGCGUUUAAUAAAAGAAGAUCAGCUGGAGUAUCAGGAAGAGAUGAAAGCUCACCAUAGAGACAUGCUCACUGAGCUCUCCGCCAUCAUGAACGAACAGAUUUUGCACACAAGGCUGCCAGGAACUGAAAGACAAAAUGCCUUCUGAGCUGCCAGAAAAUUAUUUGGAAACUGCUCACACACAGAUGGACAUUUGAUCUAAAUUGGCUGCCAAGUACUCCCACUGGCCACCGCUGUUGGACUUCCUGUUUUUAUGGCUAUAGAGAGAGUAACUGAAAUUACAGGGAAUAGAAGAUUCAAGUUACUGAAAGUGUUUUUUGAGAAACAUUGGAUUCCUGUGGAUGAAGGCUGUGUCUUGCCUGCUUUGCACCUCACACUCACACACAAACAUAUACACAUCAACAUAAACUGACUUAUACCAUUUUUAAUAGCAUAAUAGCAUCAAAUUCACAUAUGCCUUCUUUUCUAGAUUGUAUUCUUUUAAAAAAACAGUGUCCUUAAUUAACUUUUUGUGUGUUCAACAAAGCAAAUCUCUUGUAACAAAUAUUUUAGAGGGCUAUCACUUUAUUGCAUCCCUUAGUGAGUGUUUUACUGACAUUGUCAAUGCUGUCCCACAAAGGCAAAAUGCAGUAACUACUGUACAACACUGAAACUGAGAAAAAUGACUUCAAAAGUUUUUUGGUUUUAGUGUGGAUUUUGUAGUAACUAUAAUUUGUGUAGUAACUAGAAUUUUCAUUUUCUCUAUCUGAGCGGAUCAUAGUCUCGGAGAUCUUUUUCGGUCAUAACCUUUUGACAUUUUUGACAAAAUGUGUAGUUACUGUGUUUUGUCUUUGCAUGGCAUUAUGGUUAUCAUGUUUUAUUAUUUGCAUUCCAUAUAGUCUUGUUGAACACAUCUCUAGUUCUUGAGUGAAUGUAGAGCUGUUUCAGUGUUCUAACAUUCAGAAAAUCAUUUUACAAACACAAAUGUGCUGUUUUAUAACAUUUUUUAUGAUUGACAAUGUGUUACUGUUAUUUCCUGUAAAUUGUAAAUAAAAAUAAUUAAUAUUUAAAAUGUUUCUUUUAUAUAGUAUGAAUAUUAAAAAAAUUAUAUGUGAUUGUGUCAUUUUUUAAAACAGUGAAUAAAAGAACAAUGCCUUUAUAAAUACAGUAUAACAUGAACUAAAAUGUCUAUGUCCAAAAGGGACAAAUGACAUU